AUGUCACAACAUCAAAAUCCAUCUGGUUCAAAAACUACUAAGCCUACUCACAAGGAUAGAACGCCUUCAAUGGACUUUCUUGAUGAGGAAAUUUUGGAUGUCAUUCCUCUGUCUGUUAUUUCAGGCGAAGCCCCUGACUCAAACCAUCCUAUGGAUGCAUCUGCUUCUGCAUGCCCCACUCAAGGUAACAGCUCUAGUAUCCCUUCUAGCUCUACUCAUGCCACUAGUUCUAAGGAAGAUAUGCACCACAUUAAUCGUGUCAUUAGAAACCUAUCUGAGAAGCAUGAUUCUGCAAACAAUGUGAUUGACCUAGAGGAUGAUAGGUCUGAUGAUCAAGAUGAUAGCUUACUUCACCACUUAAAGCCUAGUGUGGCUAAGCGAAUGAGACUAGAAAAGAGCAAAGUUGAUGUGAAGAAGAGGAAGGCGAGAGAAGUUUCUGAGUUUGAUGAAGAUGUUGAAGAAGAUGUCCCUGACAUCUGCCCUGUGAAGAGGACAACUGUGAGGAAGUCCCUUGUGAAAGUUGUUGUUGUACAUUUGGACAAUAUCUUUUUUCAUCUAGAAGAUGGAGUUGCAAAAUGGAAGUUUGUGAUCCAAAGAAGGUUGGUUGUAGAGAGAGAGUUAGGCAAGGAUGUUGAUGAGGUCAAAGAGGUCAUGGACCUAAUUAAAAAUGUUGGGUUAAUGAAGACUGUGGUUGGGUUAUCUCAGUGCUAUGAAGAAUUGGUUAAGGAAUUCAUUAUCAACAUUCCUGAAGAUAUUGCUGAUAAAACAACAAGGAAUUUUGUAAAGUUUUUGUGA